AUGGAGAUUGAAACUAAGGAAAUUAUCAAUAUAUUCGAGAGAUCAGAUCUCGAAUUCUUCGAAAGCAAGGGCGGCUUGGAUGGAUUUUGCAAUGCUUUCCACACAAAUCUUACAGAAGGUAUUCCAAAAUCCGAAGCUGCUGAAGGUUUUGCAGACAGAAUUGCCGGUUUUGGUGUUAACAAGCUUCCAGACCCACCAGUGAAGACCUGGUGCCGCAUGUUCUUAGAAGCUUUAAACGAUUUAACACUCAAGAUUCUCUUAAUUGUCGCAGUUAUCGCUGCUGUCGUCGCAUCCGCAGCACACCACAAACACCUUACAUUUGAGCACUAUAUAGAUCCAAUUUCUAUUUUAAUUGCUGUAUUUGUUGUCGCAAUUGUAUCUGCCCAAACAAACUACUCCCAACAGAAAGCGUAUUUGGAAAUUAACUCACUCAAGAACAAUUUCCCAGUCACGGUUAUUCGCGCCGGUGAGAAACAACAGAUCAUGAGUACAGAAGUAUUGGUCGGAGACAUUUUAGAGAUCAAAGCAGGUGACUGUGUCGCUGCUGAUGCUCUCUUCAUCAACGGUACCAAUGUUUCCAUCAAUAACUCUGCACAAACUGGCGAACCAAUCGCUGUCAAGAUUAACGAGAAGAAUCCAUUCCUCAGAGGUGGUGGCGCUAUUGAAAGUGGUAUUGGCACAUGCUUGGUCGCUGCUGUUGGUCCUAACUCCCAGUAUGGUGUUACAAUGAUGCAGAUCCAAGAACUCGAAGCAAAGGAUGACAAAACACCACUCGAAAAGAAGUUAGACAAGCUAUCAUUAUACCUUACAUACCUCGCUAUCUUCUCAGGAAUCCUCAUUUUCGUCAUUUUGUUCAUUAUUUGGAUUGUUAACCUCGUCAAGGCCAAGAAGAAAGGAGAUCUCCCACCAGAAACAUGGGAUGACCUCUCUAACUUGAUCAUGACUUCUCUUACAAUUUUCAUUUGCUGUAUUCCUGAAGGUCUUCCACUCGCCGUCACUUUGUCUCUCUCAUUUUCGAUGAAGAAGAUGAUGAACGACAACAACUUCGUCAGACACCUCAAUGCCUGUGAGACAAUGGGUGGAGCAACAACAAUUUGCUCAGAUAAGACAGGCACACUUACACAGAACAAGAUGACAGUCGUCAAAUACUACAUGUACGAUGAAGAAAGUGACGGAAAACCAGAACUCAACGAACAAGUUCUCAAAUUACUUGCAGACUCCAUCGCAAUCAACUCUACAGCAUCGCAUACAAUCAAGGAAGGCUCCGAAGAACCAAUUUUCGUCGGUUCAUCCUCAGAAUGCGCUUUACUUAAAUUCAUCGGAGAUUUUGGUCAGGAUUACGUCGAAAUUCGCGAACUCAACCCUAUCAAAUACUUAAACGAAUUCAACUCCGCGAGAAAGAGAAUGUCUACAGUCGUAGAAGGCGAACAUGGCCUCAUGGUAUAUCUCAAAGGCGCUCCUGACUUCUGUCUUCCACUCAUGAAGAACUACCUCACACCAGAGGGCGAUGUCAAAGAGGUUGAUGACGAUUUCACAAACGCUGUCAUGGGAAAGGUUAAUGAUUUCGCUUCACAGGCCUACAGAACAAUGCUUAUUGCAUUCCGCAACGUCGACCACUCCAUGGAAGCAGAGAUCGAAGACCCAGCCCUCGCAGAAAAGGACAUGACAUUUAUUUGCAUCGUAGGUAUCCAAGAUCCACUCAGACCAGAAGUUCCUGAUGCCAUCAAGAAGUGCGAAGAUGCAGGUGUCGUCGUCAGAAUGGUUACAGGCGAUUUCAUUGCAACUGCAAGAGCAAUUUCCAAACAAUGCGGUAUUCUCAAGAAGGAAACAGACAUUGUCAUGGAAGGUGCCGAAUUUGCAAAGAUGUCCAAGACAGAUUUACUCGAUAAGAUCGACAAUCUCCGUGUUCUCGCCCGUUCUUCACCAACAGAUAAAUAUCGUUUGGUCUCUCUUUUGAUGGAAUGUGGCGAAGUUGUCGCUGUCACAGGUGAUGGAUCAAAUGACUCUGCUGCUUUGAAGAAGGCAAAUGUCGGUCUUUCAAUGGGUAUGUGCGGUACAGAACUCGCAAAAAUCGCAUCAGAUAUUGUUAUUUUGGAUGAUAACUUUUCAUCAAUUGUUUCAGCAUUGAAGUGGGGAAGAUGCGUUUACGACAACCUCAGAUCAUUCAUGCAGUUCCAGCUUCCUGUUAACUUCGUUGCCGUCAUUGUUGUUUUGAUUGGAUCCAUUUAUUUGAAUACUUCUCCUUUGAAGCCAAUUCAAAUUCUUUGGAUCAAUCUCAUCAACGAUUCCCUUGGCGCUCUUGGUUUGGCUACAAGACCUCCUUCCGAUUCACUUCUCAAGAGACAUCCAUACGGCGAAGGUGACAAUUUGAUUUCCAAUGUCAUCGCAAGGAACAUGUCCAUUCAGACAGUUUAUCAAACAAUUGUUUUGUUGUUGAUUUUGUUCGGAAGACAGAAACUUUUCGGUGUCCCAGAAACAGCAAUUUUGGGUGAAAAAUAUGAGACAACAGUUUCAUGGAUUUUCAACACAUUUGUAUUCAUGAAUGUUUUCAAUCUCAUUAACUCAAGAGUUGCUGGACACGAUGGUUCUGUUUUCGAUGGAAUCCAACAUUCUUUCUUCUUCAUUCUUGUUUUCUUCGGUAUCGCAGCCAUCCAGAUUCUCAUCAUUUUCGUUGGAGGAAAAGUCUUCCACACUGUUCAGCCAACAGGAAGAGAAUGGUGGAUCACAAUGGUUUUCUCUGUUGGCGAUUUAAUUGUCGGAUUCUUCACAAGAAUGAUCAAGCUCAAGGACCACACACUUGAGAACUUGAAUGUCUACAGAUUGAUGAGAAAGGAGAAGGUCAGAAGAUACUACCACAACAUGAGUGUCGACCAGCAGUGGAAUGAAAACAAUGUUCUCUCUGAUUCCGAUGAAUUAAAGGAAGUUGAAACACAUGCUUCUAGCGCUCAUGAACAGAGUGAAACAGAAAUCUCUGAACACUUGGUCAAUCAUUGA